AUGGCCGAGAGUGGUGAAAGCGGCGGCCCUCCGGGCUCCCAGGAGGCGGGCUCCCAGGACAGCGCCGCCGGGGCCGCAGCCUCUGCGGAGCCCAAGAUCAUGAAAGUCACCGUGAAGACCCCGAAGGAGAAGGAGGAGUUCGCUGUGCCAGCGAAUAGCUCCGUCCAGCAGUUCAAGGAAGAAAUCUCUAAAUGUUUCAAAUCACAUGCUGACCAACUCGUGUUGAUAUUUGCUGGGAAAAUUUUAAAAGAUCAAGAUACUUUGAGUCGGCAUGGAAUUCACGAUGGACUUACCGUUCACCUUGUCAUCAAAACACAAAACAGGUCUCAGGAUCAUUCAGCUCAGCAAACAAAUACCACUGGAAGCAAUGUUACCACAUCAUCAGCUCCUAAUAGUAACUCCACAUCUGGUUCUGCUACUAGCAACCCUUUUGGUUUAGGUGGCCUUGGAGCUGCAGGUCUGAGUAGCCUGGGUUUGAAUACUACCACCUUCUCUGAACUACAGAGCCAGAUGCAGCGACAACUUUUGUCCAACCCAGAAAUGAUGGUCCAGAUCAUGGAAAAUCCCUUUGUUCAGAGCAUGCUCUCACAUCCUUACCUGAUGAGACAAUUAAUUAUGGCCAAUCCACAAAUGCAGCAGUUGAUACAGAGAAAUCCAAAAAUUAGUCAUAUGCUGAAUAAUCCAGAUACAAUGAGACAAACAUUGGAACUUGCCAGGAAUCCAGCAAAGAUGCAAGAAAUGAUGAGAAACCAGGACCGAGCCUUGAGCAACUUAGAAAGCAUCCCAGGGGGAUAUAAUGCUCUCAGGCGCAUGUACACGGAUAUUCAGGAACCGAUGCUGAGUGCCGCACAAGAACAGUUUGGUGGUAAUCGAUUUGCUUCCUUAGUGAGCAAUACAUCCUCAAGAGAAGGUAGUCAACCGUCCCGUACAGAAAAUAGAGAUCCAUUACCCAAUCCAUGGGCUCCACCGGCUUCCCAAAGUUCACCAGCUUCCAGUGGCACCACCAGCACUGUGGGUGGCACUGCUGGUAGUGCAGCCAGUGGCACUGCUGGGCAGAGUACUACUGCGCAGAAUUUGAUAUCUGGAGUAGGAGCUAGUAUGUUCAACACACCAGGAAUGCAGAGCUUGUUGCAACAAAUAACUGAAAAUCCGCAACUUAUGCAAAACAUGUUGUCUGCCCCCUACAUGAGAAGCAUGAUGCAGUCACUAAGCCAGAACCCUGACCUUGCUGCACAGAUGAUGCUGAAUAAUCCCCUAUUUGCUGGAAAUCCUCAGCUUCAAGAACAAAUGAGACAACAGCUCCCAACUUUCCUCCAACAAAUGCAGAGUCCUGAUACACUCUCAGCAAUGUCAAACCCUAGAGCAGUGCAAGCUUUGUUACAGAUUCAGCAGGGUUUGCAGACGUUAGCAUCAGAAGCCCCAGGCCUCAUCCCAGGGUUUACUCCUGGCCUGGGGGCAUUAGGAAGCACUGGAGGCUCUUCAGGAACCAAUGGGUCUAACGCUGCACCUAGUGAAAACAUAAGCCCCACAGCAGGAACCGCCGAACCUGGACACCAGCAGUUUAUUCAGCAAAUGCUACAGGCUCUUGCUGGAGUAAACCCUCAGCUACAGAACCCAGAAGUCAGAUUUCAGCAACAACUGGAACAACUCAGUGCAAUGGGAUUUUUGAACCGUGAGGCAAACUUGCAAGCGCUGAUAGCAACAGGAGGUGAUAUCAAUGCAGCUAUUGAAAGGUUACUGGGCUCCUAGUCAUCAUAGCAGC